AUCCCAAUAUCCAAAUCUUCCACUAUAAUUGAAAAAAAAGACUCCUUUUUAAAUUCAACCUCUCCCACCAUCUCUCUGCAAUUCUCUAAAAUCUCUUUCUCAGAGCCAAAACCAAAAAUCUCAGUCACGAGGUUGAAGAAGAAGAAGAAGAAAGAAGCAAAAAAUGAUAAAAGGCUGGAGAAGAGCUUUUUGCACUUCCAUACCAAGAGAAACAAACCAAAACAACGACGACGGAGAUUCACCGGAAAAUCAACGUUUCCGUCACAAAUCAACCUCUAGAUUUGGCUUUUUCUCAACUCCUUCCACGCCUCGUUCUGAUUCUGGUACCGGAACUUACAGCCUCCGUUGCCGGACUUCAACAGCCACCGCCGUCACCACUACUACUCCGUCUCUUCCCGGAACUCCGAAGCUUAAGUGCAAAACAACCACCACCGGAGAAACUACUCCGAGAAACAGAAGCCUCGUCUCUCUUUUAACACCUUCUUCUUCUCCUAUUUCUCCGGCGAGCUUCUCUCUUCUCAAAUCCAAACUCCGAUUCAACAAAAGUAGCGACAACAAAUGUGGAAUCUGUUUACAGAGUGUGAAAUCAGGCCAAGGUACGGCGAUUUUCACGGCGGAGUGUUCACACACGUUUCAUUUUCCUUGCGUAACCUCACGCGCCGCCGCGAAUCAUAACCGUCUUGCUUCUUGUCCGGUUUGCGGAUCUUCGCUUUUGCCUGAGAUUCGAAAUUACGCUAAACCGGAAUCUCAAAUCAAACCGGAUAUUAAGAACAAGUCGUUGAGGGUUUACAACGACGACGAAGCUUUGAUUUCAUCUCCGAUAUCUCCUGCCGGAUUUCACACAAUACUUGAAUCCGAUGAGAACGAAGACGGCGAGGAGUUCAGUGGAUUUUCCGUUAAUACUCCGUCACCUUUAACGGCGAAGUUGUUAACGGAUCGAAACGUGGACGUUAAGCUUUCACCGGAAUCUGCUAUCGUUGCGGCGGGUAAAGGCUACGAGACUUAUUCCGUCGUCAUGAAGGUGAAAUCGCCACCGUUUCCGACGGCGCGUGGAUUUACGCGUAGAGUUCCGGUUGAUUUGGUAGCUGUUUUAGACGUGAGCGGAAGAAAUCCCGGUGAGAAAUUGGAGACGUUGAAGCGAACGAUGAGGAUUGUGAUUUCGAAUCUCCGGGAAACGGAUCGUUUAUCGAUUAUCGCGUUUUCGUCGAGCUCGAAACGGUUAUCGCCGUUACGGAGGAUGACGGCUAACGGAAGAAGAUCGGCGCGAAGAAUCGUCGAUAUCAUCACCGUUCCGGGAUCCGUAGAUUUUUCCGGCGAAGGGAUGAGUGUGAACGACGCGUUGAAGAAAGCGGUUAAGGUGUUAGACGAUCGCCGGCAGAAAAACCCUUUCACCACCGUCUUCGUUUCAACGGACCGUCAGGCCCAUCAAGCGGCCCAAUUAGCCCAUUCGAGAAUCCCCAUACACACCAUAUGGCUAAGCCACACGCUUCCCGAAGACGCGUUUGCGAGGACCAUCAACGGUUAUUUGAGUUUGUCGGUUCAGGAUCUCGGUUUACAGCUUGGUUUAAUAUCCGGGUCGGGUCAGGGAGAUAUAACGGCUGUCUACUCUCUUUCGGGUCGACCCGCUUGGCUUGGAACCGGUUCAAUCCGGUUAGGUGAUAUGUACGCGGAGGAAGAAAGAGCGUUGCUGGUUGAAAUCAAAUCACCGGUUAACAAUUCCUUAACCGGUAAUAGAUCUCACAAAAUCAUGACCGUUCGAUCUCGUUACGUGGAUCCAACAACUCAGGAAUUAAGAACCCCCGAAGAUCGCGCGCUUUUGAUACCUACUCCUCUAACCGUCCGAUCAUCAACCAAUCCAAACAUCUCACGGCUCAGAAACCUCCACGUCAGCACUCGAGCCAUCGCGGAGUCUCGGCGGCUAAUAGAGCGCAACCAUUACUCCGGAGCUCAGAGACUGCUGACGUCAGCUAGAGCUUUGCUUGUGCAGCACGGUUUGAGCUCGAGCGACAUUUGUAUACGUGGGUUGGACGCAGAGAUAGCUGAUCUUAACGGUGUGAGAGGAAGACACGUGGCAGCAUCGGAGAGUAUGGAGUCGCUUACUCCGACGUCGGCUUGGAAAGCGGCGGAGAGGUUGGCUAAAGUGGCGAUGGUGAGGAAACAUAUGAACAGAGUCAGUGACUUGCAUGGUUUCGAAAACGCUAGAUUUUAGCUUUUUUAUUUAUGUAUUUAAAUAUAUUUCCUUAAUUAGAGUAAGAACUUGUGUAAUAAUAAUCUGAUACAAACAAAUAGAAAUGGUGCAUAAAUGGAGUUAUAUUUG